AUGGUCUCGAUCCGCUCCCUCCUGGCCAUUGCCCUCGCCGCCGCCGCAGCGCAGGUCUAUGCGUCGCCCAUCGCCCUGGCCGACCACACACAUCUCUCGAUUUUUGACUACGCCAGCCCGCCCUCUUCGCUCUCUUCGCCGCAAGGCUCCGGAGGAGGGUGCAGCGAGAUCCUUCAACGGCGUGCCUGGCAAUCCCUGAGCGCCUCAGAGAAGCGGGCGUACCUCGACGCGGAGCUAUGUCUGAUGUGGCAGAUCCCGGCGCAAUCGGGACUCGCAGCGACCGUCAGCCGCUACGACGACCUAAUCAAAGCGCACCAGCUACAGUCCGGCGUCGUCCACGGCGACGGCUGGUUCCUCCCGUUUCAUCGCCUGCAUAUGUAUGCGCAUGAAAAGCUGCUGCGUGAGGAAUGUGGAUACGAAGGCGCACAGCCGUAUUGGGAUGAGGAGGCGGAUGCCGGGAGGUUUACACAGGCGGAGAUUUUUGAUACUGAGUUGGGCUUUGGCGGCACGGGCAGAGUGGGUGAUCGCUGUAUCACCGAUGGGCCGUUUGCGAAUUACACUCUCCACACCGGCCCCGGCUACCAAAACACCGAUCACUGCAUAACACGCACGAUCAGCGACCUCGAAAGCCGCAACAGCGCAACCCAAUUCGUCGAGGAGUGCCUGGCACUCCCCACCUUCGCCCGCGCCUGGCCGUGUAUCGAGUCACGCCCGCACGCUGGCGGCCAUGCCGGCGUCGGCGGGGAGAUGAUGAACCCCAUUUCCAGUCCCGGCGACCCACUAUUCUACCUCCACCACACGUUCCUGGACCGCGUCUGGUGGCGCUGGCAGGAGCGGGACCUGCCGGCGCGGCUCGAGGAUAUUGCGGGGUACACGACGCAGACAAGACCCCGCAGUGGGUGGGUCAAUGCUACGCUCGACGAUGAGCUUAAUAUGUAUGGCAUCAUUCCGAAUGCCACCGUGAGGGAGGUUAUGGACAUCAAAGGGGGGUUGUGUUUUGAAUAUGUCUAG